UGUCGCCUGGUAUUACGGUACUCGGGCCAUGAAAAAAUAAUGCCACAAAGAAGUGAAGAGUCGAGUAGUUCUCUGGGUUGAACCACAGAUGGAUUUGUCGUGAACAUCUCAACAAACAACAGACCACUUGCUUGUAGAAACGUGGUAUAGAUAUGACGGAAAUGUUUUCAACUCUGUUCGGGCAAAAUGAAGCCCAGGGACCGCCCGGCUCUUCGUCUCUGGGUUUCGGACCGGGGAAACCUCCGCCGCCUCUGCCGCAAAACCAAGCCUCCAUGACGGGGCAGAUGCCACCGCAGCUCGGGGAUGAAGGGCCUGCUCUGCGGAAGCCCGGAGCCAUGAAUGAACCGUUCUACUUACUGCGGGAGCUUCCUGUGGGAAACGAGUUAACGGGCAACACCAACCUCAUCACACACUACAACCUAGAGCACGCAUACAACAAAUUCUGUGGAAAGAAAGUGAAGGAGAAGCUCAGCAACUUCCUGCCAGAGUUACCAGGUAUGAUCGACUGUCCGGGCGCUCAGGAGGGCAGCUCGUUGCGCUCUCUGAUUGAUAAGCCUCCAGUGUGUGGGAACUCCUUCAGCCCGCUGACAGGCGCCCUGCUUACAGGCUUCAGACUACACACAGGACCGCUACCAGAACAGUACAGAUUGAUGCACAUACAGCCUCCAAAGAAGAAGAGCAAACACAAGCACAAACACCAUCGACAGCAGGACCCAUUACCACAAGAAACUCCAUCAGACACCGAUCCCAAGAAGAAGAAGAAGAAGAGGGACGACGAUCCGGACCGCAAGAAAAAGAAGAAAGACAAGAAAAAGAAGAAGAACCGCCACAGUCCCGACCACCCCGGCCUCGCUGGAUCACAACCCAACAGCAACAGCCUCAGAUAGACAAGAGCCCACUGUGUGCACGAGUGUGUGUGUGACUGUGCAUUUUGUAAGAGGAUGCGUGCGUGUGUUUUUCAGAUAAUUGUAUUAUUGGGAGUAUGUUUAAUGAGAGAGGGAAUGAUGUGUGGGUGAAUGAAAGGAGCAGUGGUUUUGUGUGAUGAUGAAAGGCAACGUUACAGAACAGUGUCAAAGGCAGAAAGACGCUGAUGUUAUGGAUGACUGAGCUGGCACUGUAUGAAUGUCCCUCUUUGAUUUUGUUGCGAUAUCUUUUGACCAUAAUGCCAAAAUCCAAUAAACUUUGGUUAUUAU